AGAGGACACGACGCUCCGGUUUCGUACAACAUCGGGAAAGCGGUCAAGAUCGCUCUCCUGGCAGUGACGCUGAGUUGAUGAACGCAUUGCACAACAAGCGUCAAAAAGCAGGUCGAACGCGCAUGUCACGCAUAGAAAGGAAGCUAGAUGCGCUUCUCAGUGUCAUUGGAGGAGGUGAUAGUGCAACAGCAGACGCUCGAGAGACCCC